GGAGGAAGAGAGAGAGAGAGAGAGAGAGAGAGAGAGAGAGAUCCGACCCUGGUCCACUAUUUCCUCCUGUUUAAUCGGUAAACGCGUAAAAUCGCAACCCGCAAUCACCGGUGACUUUUAUUGGUGAAAACAGAGGCACUUCCGAAUAAUAAGCCUGGGCUUCUGGACCCAUAAAGAUCGCCAGUCGUAUCUCUCGUGUCACUUCUGCGGAUGAAUUUUCCACGACAUCUAGGAUUUAUCUAUUGCUUACUAGCGACAGGGACGGAUCAUCGGAGACACCACUGAUGCUAGCACGUCGAAUGGAGUUACCGGGAACUGGAUGCAGACUUUCGUGAUGUUGUGGAUCCUGUGCAGAUUACAUCUGAUCUCAUUGUGAACGAGGCUGUAGUGCUUUUUUUUCCUCCAUAAAUCACAACUGAGAAGCACGAGGAAGCGUCAGGUUAUUUUUUUUUUUUACUGCACUGUGGGGCAGUCGACGGUUCAGGUCCGAAAUGUACCAUAUGUGAUAAGGCCAGUUGUAACACGUUGGUACGUUUUACACGACCUGUCUAAAAUGGCAAAAUGUGCGUUGCAUACAAUGUCAGAUGGCAGAACGCGUGUGUUUUCGUUUGUGGCUUAGGCAAUCUGCAUGUUCACGUUUCACGGGAUGCACACACACACUCCGUCCCUCCGUGCUGAGAGCGCAACAUGUAUUUCCUGUAAGUGUUCCUUUCUUUUUUUUCCCACGGAAGACUACGGAUUCUUCGGCGUAAUGGACGGAGAGCGACCACACGAUGAAUGCAAACGAGCGAAAUUCACUUUACUGUCAUGUGCGAAAAGGGGAUGAAGUACGACAUUAAACCACGAAGGCCAUUUUGAUAACGGCAGAGGCUAUUCGUGCAAGUAUUGCAUUUUCCUUAUCGUUUCAGGCAUCCAUUGCGACUGCUUCUCGUUUGAUGCUUUAAGACAAAUCAGCCACCGGAGCUUAAUUUAACUUCUCCGAAGCAUGUGUUACAUCUGAAAGAAAAUAAGAAUAAUCUCAUCGCUUCCUUCCUAUAUCCUGCGUUCAUUGUCUCCGCGAGGCUUCACCAUGGAAACCUGGCGCGAGCGACCAUGAUGGUAAACCGGGCAGGAAACACACGCAGCGGCGCAUAUGUAAACAACCAUGGUUAGAGGGACAUAUUUCUCUUAAACUGUUUUUUUUUUUGGGUCUAGGUGGACCGCAGCCGAGCACUCUGUGGCCUGUGUGGUUUUAUUAUUAUUUUUUGCACAUCUUCCUGACAACAAAUGUAUCGUGCUCACAAAAGUGUUUUUGUAUUAGGCUAAGUGCCAAAGUGUUAAACCUUACUAGUUACUAAGGUCCAGUUGGAUGACCAGAAUCUGUGUGAAAUAAUUUAAAUGUCCAUGCAAGAUCCAGUUAAGCACAGGGAUUGACAAUCAGGAGACCACACCGAAUCCAGUCAUCGGAUGUAACUCUCAGGUUGACAGCUUGUUUGACAUGGGAGUUAAGAAGGUGCCAGACAAACCAGCACAAUGUACUUGUAAUGUACUUUUUAAGAAUCACUUGUUUAAAGAGUAACAGGGACAAUAAGGAUCUAUUUUUCAUUCUUCACAUAACCUAUUGGCUCUUUGAAAUGCCUCGGAACCGGGCCUUCUCCGAGCCAGAGUACUCUGCUGAGUAUUCAGCAGACUGCUCGGUCACGCUGCCCUCUGAUCCUGGCCAAGCAGUGGGAAGAACCCAUGAGGUCACCGUGCGUAACUCGGGCUGCUGUUUGUGUCUCCCUCGCUUCAUGCGUCUCACAUUCACGCCAGACUCACUGGAGAACCUCUACCAGACCUAUUUUCGGAGGCAGCGGCAUGAAACCCUGCUGGUGUUGGUGGUGUUUGCAGCCCUCUUUGACUGCUAUGUGAUCGUGAUGUGUGCUGUGGUCUAUACCAGUGAUAAGCUGGCAUCUGUGGCUGUGGCAUGUGUAGCAUUGGCUGUGGACAUUGUGCUCUACCUACUGUGUCGCUACGGCCUUCUGCCUGAGCGCAUCUCACGUCGGCUGGUGCCGUAUGCCCUGUGGGUGCUUAUAGAUGCCCAGAUUUUCUGUUAUCUAGGAUUGAACUUUGCCCGCUUCCACCAGGCCAGUGACACUGUAGGAUGGCAGGCCUUCUUCAGCUUCUCCUUCUUCUUGACACUGCCAUUACGACUGACACCUAUUGUGCUCAUCACAGCUGUGUCAUGUGGUGUGCACACGUUGGCGCUGGGCGUCACCAUCGCACAGCAGCAGCAAGAAGACAUCCAAGGAGCUGCUCUCGGGAGACAGCUGUUGGCCAACAUCCUGAUCUACAUAUGUGCAAUUACCGUGGGGCUUAUGUCAUAUUACAUGGCUGAUCGCAAACAUCGCAAGGCCUUUUUGGAGGCCAGGCAGUCUCUGGAGGUGAAGCUGAAUUUAGAGGAACAGAGUCAGCAGCAGCAACGUCUAUUGCUGUCCAUUCUGCCCAAGCACAUAGCAGACGAGAUGCUACAAGACAUGAAAAAAGAGGCCAGUCAGAAAGAAAUGCAGCAGUUCAACACUAUGUACAUGUAUCGCCAUGAAAAUGUUAGUAUUCUGUUUGCAGACAUUGUGGGAUUCACCCAGCUCUCUUCUUCCUGUAGUGCACAGGAGCUAGUCAAGCUGCUCAAUGAGCUGUUUGCCCGCUUUGACAAACUGGCUGCUAAAUAUCACCAACUGAGGAUCAAGAUCCUUGGGGACUGCUACUACUGUAUCUGUGGCCUUCCAGAUUACAGAGAAGACCACGCAGCCUGCUCCAUAAUGAUGGGAUUGGCUAUGGUGGAAGCUAUUUCCUAUGUUCGAGAGAAGACGCAGACAGAUGUUGACAUGCGUGUUGGGGUGCAUUCUGGAACAGUUCUUGGUGGUGUGCUGGGACAGAAGCGCUGGCAGUAUGAUGUCUGGUCCACAGAUGUCACAGUCGCCAACAAAAUGGAGGCUGGAGGUAUACCUGGGCGUGUGCACAUCUCUCAGAGUACACUGGAGUGUCUUCAUGGUGAAUUUGAUGUUGAGCCUGGGAAUGGAGGAGCACGCUGCGAAUACCUGAGGGAGAGAGGCAUUGAGACAUACCUUGUUGUUGUUCCCAAAGGACCUGUGAGCAAGAAUGGGAUCAAUGGAGUGAAGCUGUCGGUGACUUCAUCUAAUGGGAACUCUCCUCUAUUGAUCAACACUACAGAAUGUAACGGCAGUGUACACACAGCCUGCACCACACCUGAAGAACCAGAGGAGCUAGACACACGGGUGGUGAAUCCCUCGUUCCCAAACCCUCGGCGGCGUCUUCGUUUGCGAGACCUUGCUGAGAGAGUUAUCGAUGCUCAGGAAAAUGAGCAGGAGCUGAAUAAACUCUUGAACGAGGCACUGCUAGAGAGAGAGACAGUGCAGGCAUUAAAGGGAAAGUACACGAACCGCCUUUCUCUGCGCUUUGUGAACCCUGAGCUGGAGACACGUUUCUCAGUCGAAAAGGAGAAGCAGAGUGGAGCCGCCUUCAGCUGUUCCUGUGUAGUGCUGCUUUUUACAGCAGCAAUUGAGGCACUUAUAGAUCCUCUGUUGAUAGCCAACUAUGUGACUCUAGCUGUGGGGGAAGUGCUGCUGCUCAUUCUCACCAUCUGCUCCCUGGCAGCCAUUUUCCCACGGGUAUUUCCUAAGAGACUAGUGUCAUUCUCUACAUGGAUUGAUCACACACGCUGGGCUCGCAACACUUGGGCCAUGGCAGCUAUAUUCAUCCUCACACUGGCUGACAUAAUAGACAUGCUAAGCUGCCAGCCUCCACAGCCUGUUGGUGAUGUUUCUCCAGCCCCAGGUGGACUAGGAGGUUGUCUGGAGAACCCCAAAUAUUACAGCUACAUUGCUGUAUUAGCGUUGAUUGCUACUACCAUGCUGGUGCAGGUCAGCCACAUGGUGAAGCUUACUCUCAUGCUGCUGAUCACAGUAGCCUCAGGAAUCGUCAAUAUUUACAGUUGGAGGGACAUCUUUGACCAGUAUGAUCUAACCCACUAUAAGAAGUACAGAAUAUACCUCGUACCAUCCAAAUAUACAAUGACUGUGAUGAUCUUCAUCAUGAUGGUCAGCUUCUACUACUUUGCACGACAUGUGGAGAAACUGGCUCGCACGCUGUUCCUGUGGAAAAUUGAGGUACAUGAACAGAAGGAAAAGGUGUAUGAGAUGAGACGCUGGAACGAGGCUCUGGUCACAAACAUGCUCCCGGAGCAUGUUGCCCGUCAUUUUCUGGGCUCCAAAAAGAGGGAUGAGGAACUGUACAGCCAGUCCUAUGAUGAGAUUGGGGUCAUGUUCGCCUCUAUCCCAAAUUUCUCUGACUUCUACACAGAGGAGAGCAUCAACAAUGGGGGUAUUGAGUGUCUGAGGUUCCUCAAUGAAAUUAUCUCUGACUUUGAUAGUCUUCUGGAUGAGCCUCAGUUUCGCUGUAUAACAAAGAUUAAGACCAUCGGCAGCACUUACAUGGCAGCAUCAGGAGUCACUCCUGACACCAACGCUAACGGCUAUGCUUGCAUGAAGCAAAAGGAGGAGUUGUCAGAUAGGGAGCGCUGGCAGCACUUGGCAGAUCUGGCGGAUUUUGCUUUGGCCAUGAAAGUUACUCUGAUGAACAUUAAUUAUCAGUCCUUUAACAACUUCAUGCUUCGUAUUGGGUUGAAUAAGGGUGCUGUUCUUGCUGGGGUCAUAGGGGCUCGGAAGCCUCAUUUUGACAUCUGGGGUAACACUGUUAAUGUGGCCAGUCGCAUGGAGUCUACAGGAGUGAUGGGAAACAUUCAGGUGGUAGAAGACUGCUAUAACAUCCUGAAGGACUAUGGCUUCCGUUUUGUGAGAAGAGGACCAAUCUUUGUUAAGGGGAAGGGGGAGUUGCUCACUUAUUUUCUAAAAGGACGAGAAAAACAGGGUUCUUUCAUCAAUGGCUCUUCUGUCACACUGCCUCAUCAGGUGGUGGAUAGCUCUUGACCUACAUGCACAUAAAACCAAGAAAUACAAAACUUCAAGUUAACAAUCGCACACCCCAUGUAUGUAACAUACAUAUAACAAGUAAGACCUUUUGGAGAGGAAUUUCACAGAUUUUCGAAAUAAUUCAUUGGUGAAAAUAGUUAAGAGAAAGGAGAAGAGAAGAAAAGUACUAACAUUUGUGAUAGUAACUUAGGGUUAUUUUCUCCACUUUCUACACAAUGAGUCCAAUAAGUGGAAUUGUGAAAUGCUCAUAGGGCAAAAGAAGACUUUUGGUUUUCUGUUUGCAGAAAAUGACAUUUUCUCUACGUGCACCUCAAAUUCUGUCUCCCCUGAGCUGUUCUCUUUCUUCAUCAGUGUUCUUUAGUCUUCCUUAUGCUUCCACAAUUCCUCGUCUGCAUUUAUAGGUUAAAACUUUUAUGCAGCUUUUGGAUAUUUAAAAAGUUUGAAAGCUUUACAAAUUCCAUCACUGAUAGUAAAUAGCCUACAAUAAAAAAGCUGAAUAUUAAUCCUGUUAGAUGUUAUGACUGGCUAUAAUUAUAGCCAGACAACUCAUAUGACAGGUGCAGUAUACUGUUGUUGAUAGGCAUUUCUGCUGUUAAUAUAACCAGAGCAGGGCUACACAAGCUGUAUUAACUGGAGAAAUGCUUGUCAUAGUCUGGGAGCUGGGCUUCCAUGCACAAUGCAAAAGUUGGAAUGAGACACAGAAGUAACCAAAGGAUACAAGUUCAUACAAGAAAUAAAUAAAGUAAAAGCAUUAUCACUAAGCUAUCAUAAAACUGCCCCUAGUGCAUCAGCCAUAUAUUUCUAUCAUUUUGUGUAAACUUUCUGUGAGGUAGGUUCAGGAGACUUCAAACUGCUGGUUCCUUUCACUGCUAUUUCUAAAUAUUUCCAAAUGGAGGUGCAUAUUUUAUCCAGCAGUUUUUACUGUUCAAAGAUUGAAUUAAGUAGAAGUUUGAAAGAAUCUGUGAAAUUCCCCUGAAAAAUAUAUUGUGUUGCAUAUUAAUAGGAAGGCAUGUCACAGAAAUGGAGUGUAAAAUGCGAUUCUCUACAGGAAAAAUACAGGGUCAUACUGUACUUGGAUCUUUUAAAUAAUAACUAGCUGGGUUAAUGGAUUGAAGGAUAAAUGAAUUUCCAAAAGUAAUCUAUCUGCUGAAUCAAUAAAACUAUUGUUGGAGCAAAGAAUGCAAGCAGUAGAUUUAGUGACCCAGUGGAUAAGGUUGAGAUUGUACAUGACACACAGUGCUUUUACAGUUGACUUUUAAACUGAUCCUAUAUAGGUUAUUGUUAAAAAUUCUGUUGUAUGUCUACGAUUUUUUGUUAAUUGAAGAGCAAAUUUUAAAGCAUAUAAAGGGAAGCACACUGGCUCUCUCUGCCAUUAAGUGUGUGCAGAUGCAUGCACGCAGAAUUAUGUGUGUUCUUGCCUGCUGUUCUGAACAUCUUUUUAUCUACCCCCUUUUAUUUCUGUGGCUUUGGAUUUUACAGCCAGUUUAUGGUCGUCCCAUUUUUCUACCCAGUUUUAAAGUGUUUUAGUGUGCCAUGCAAGAAGUGCCAUAACAUAAUUAUGUGUCCUGUAUAUAUGCUCCUCUGGGGUGAUCGACGUGUCACUGUGAGCAGGUGAAAUGCAAGUGUGUAUGUACAUUAUGCAUGCACUAGAUGAAAGUGCAGCUAGGGUCAAGAGAUGAGAUUUUUUUUGCCAGUAUUGGAGAUAUGGAUGCUUCUCAGAUCUUGGAUCAUAUUCCCCUCAAAGACUUUCCUAAAAUACUAGAUGAACGUGCAAUAGUUUAUUCUUUUACAAUGUUCCGUUCUCCAAUACCCUUUGCAAAAACAUUCUCUACCCAGUAAGUCAUAUUUUUAUAUUGUAUAUGUUUCAUUCAAAAGAGUAUUGUGCAGUUUUAUCUGGUACAAGACUGGAGUGGUGUGCCUGGCAACAGUUUCCUGUUAAUUUAUUGCAGAUAUCAGGGAUGUUGAAAGAGAAACUGCAGACAGAAUUGCAAUUGUUGUGUUUGAAUUGUUGUAAUGGAUUCUGAAGAAAUGUGAUGCCGAUUGUUUGUUUUUUUCUGGCCUGAUGCAGGAUUUGAUUAUUAUUUUUUUUAAUCCUAGGACAUGGGAAUAAAAUGGCACUUUGAAUGA